UAGGGAGAUAGGGCGAUAACUGGAGGGGAAGUGGGGUAUAGUAUGCCACCUAUAGGGUCAGGCUACUGUUAACUUGCUGCCGGGCUUGGCCUGUGCAAGAAACUGAGGAGGCCAUGCAGUAGUCAGUAAAACUAGAAGUGUAGAAGUCUUGAGAGACAUUUUUUGAAGUGAAAGACCAAAUCCUUACAGGACCUAGAUUCUCAGAGGAAAGUGGGCCCAAAAGCAGAACCUCCAGCCCCAUGGAGAGGGGAAAUCAAACCAGCAUCUCAGAAUUCCUCUUCCUGGGACUGUCCGACCGGGCAGAGCAGCAGCAGCUUCUCUUCGUGCUGUUCCUCUGGAUGUACCUGCUCGGGGUCCUGGGGAGCCUGCUCAUCGUUCUGGCCAUCGGCUCCGACCCGCACCUGCACAACCCCAUGUACUUCUUCCUCACCAACCUCUCCCUGGUCGACAUCUUUCUAUUAUCUACCACGAUCCCCAAGAUGCUGGCCAACAUCCAGACCCAAGAUAAAUCCAUAUCCUAUCCUGGCUGCCUGGCCCAAAUGUUUUUUUUCCUCCUCUUUAUAGCUCUAGAUCAUUUCCUUCUCACAGGGAUGGCUUAUGACCGCUAUGUGGCUAUAUGCCAUCCCCUCCACUACACCACCAUCAUGAACCCACGGCUCUGUGCUCUGGUCAUUGCUGGGUCCUGGAUCGUCAGUUCUCUCCAUGCCCUGACACACACCCUACUGGUGAGGAGAGUUAUGUCUCCUAAAAACCACACAAGUGCUUCAGAAUUCAUCCUCCAGGGACUGUCUGACCGGGUGGAGCAUCAGCAGCUCCUCUUCAUGCUGUUCCUCUGCAUGUACCUACUCACAGCCCUAGGAAACCUGCUCAUUAUCCUGGCUAUCAGCUCUGACCCGCACCUGCACACCCCUAUGUACUUCUUCCUCUGCAACCUCUCCCUGGUUGACCUCUGCCUCGCCUCGAACACCGUCCCCAAGAUGCUGGCCAACAUCCAGUCCAAGAGCAAAUCCAUCUCCUACCCCUGCUGCCUGACCCAGAUGUAUUUUUUCCAUUUCUUUGGCAUCAUGGACAGUGUCCUCAUCGCCGUGAUGGCAUAUGACCGCUUCGUGGCCAUCUGCCACCCCCUUCACUACACCUCCAUCAUGAAUGCACGGCUCUGUGUCCAGCUGGUGGCCCUGCCCUGGAUCUUCUCUGGCCUCAUCUCCUUGGCACACACCAUCCUGAUGUCUCGACUCAACUUUUGCGCUGCGAACGAGCUCCCUCACUUUUUCUGUGACCUCACCCCCCUGCUGCGGCUCUCCUGCUCUGACACCACAGCUAACGAGACCCUGGUGUUCAUCGUCGGUGCGGCCGUCAUCGCCACCCCUUUCGUCUGCAUCCUCGCUUCCUAUGCCCGCAUUGUGUUGGCCAUCCUAAAAGUCCCCUCAGCUGGAGGAAGGAAGAGGGCCUUCUCCACCUGCAGCUCUCACCUCUCUGUUGUCUUCCUGUUCUACGGGACAACGAUUGGGGUCUACCUCAGCCCCUCAUCUGGCCACUCGGCCCUCAAGGACAAGGCUUCUGCUGUGAUGUACACUGUGGUCACUCCCACGCUGAACCCCUUUAUCUACAGCCUAAGGAACAAGGACAUGAAAAGGGCCCUGAGAAAAGUAUUCUACAAGAAAGUCGACAUUUCUCAGUGA